UUAGAGCACUGUUACCUCGCCUGAGACCAGUCAGUGUGGCGGCAGGUCCAACCAGCGUCGGACGCGUCGCUCCUCACGGCGUCGAGCCGCAUACUUUUCCCCUCCCGGUCGGUGACGAAGUCAAGAACGUGCAUUUCGCCACCGCAGUUCCCCGACGCAGAAGGAGUCCCAUAAAAAUAAUUGACGUUGCAUUCCACGUGUUAAGAAGGGGGAACACGUUGCAGCUAAAAUGACAGGGAGGGAAAUUAUUUCUCUAAAAUUGUUUCCUUUCGAGACAGGCAACAGGUGGUGGUCGUAACUCGGUCAACGAAAUUAUAAUUUGGACUGGAAUGACCGGAAGAAAGUGACUUCAUAUGAUAUUUACAGUCAAUCUUGACAAGAUUUAAACUGACGAUCGCAAUGAUUUCCAAACAAUUUAAUAAAGAUUAUGUAAACUGCACUAAAUAGAAAAAUUAUAAUUUGCUUAAAUUAAUAUUUGCCACAUAACUUAUCACAAGGAUAAUUAUGAAAACUAUUAAAAAUACCUAACUAAAACGAAGUUUAAAUUUUGAAUAUAAGGAUUCAAAAGAAUGUUACGAAGAAUGAACAAUCGUGAAAACGAACGAAACCUUUUGGCAACAAUCUCCUACAUUAAACUUUGACGAUCUCUUUGAUAUCCGUCAAAGAACACCUUUAUACAGAGAACAGCUGCCGUAGGAUAUCCACGAAAAAAGACACCGGAGACAGCGGGCAGAGACAAAGGUGAAGUUAAAACAGAUGAGAAUCAAUAGAAAAGUGAUGGGUUAAACAGAAGACUGUUUUGGGUAAGUAAAUUUGACCUACUGUACAAGACAAAAGUGCCUCUUAUUACGUGAUGUGUGACUAGAAUGAGGCAAUAAGUGAACUGAAUGAGGUAAAUAAGUGCCGUGUGUAUGACGUGGAGGUGUGCAGGAACUAUUAUGACAUCCGGAGUCAUUCGAAAAAUGUUGAUAAAAACUUCUGCCACAGUGUUAACGGAGUGUGGUUGAAACUGAGAUGAGAAGGUGCUCGUAAAUGAACGAAACAUUGUGGAAUGACGGGGGACAAAACGUUGAAGAAAUAAUACAUAGGGCAAAACAAAACCCAAAGUGACAAAUGACAUUGAAAUCUUGAAAUGAGACAAAAACACCGACAAAAGUAUUGUUCAGGAAUUCUCAUGGAUUUCACAGCUCUUUUUCGUAGAAAAGACAACUGAACUGAGAGGAAAGGUGUCGCUAAGUUUUGUGCUCGGGUAGAAAGUAGCUCAAGUGAACGCGAGGACGCGUUUUGAUCCUUUCGUCAGCAUUCAGUCUGCAUCACUUCGCCUCCGUCAAGUAUCCUUCGAGAACGAAUAUGAAUCCUUGUGCAUUCUUCAUUCUUGUCAUCCCUCUUAUAGGUGUUGUUAGAAGUGUAACCAUCGUACGACUGACUGUCCCCGAAGUAGUUCAGACUAACUCCACCGCAGUUGUCCUCGACUGCGAUUAUGAAGUGGAAGAGUGGGAGAGAUUAGGGCUUGUCCUCAAGUGGUACAUAGAUGGCGUUCACCUGGUGUAUCAGUGGAUACCACCGGGGGUUCCCCAAGCCGCUGGUGUACUGAAUGGGCGAGUGAACACUACUUUCAGAGCCUCCAGCGAACCCUGGGAGGCCCACCGAGCCAUUUACAUUCCAUAUCCGGAUUCAACGCUCUCUGGCAGGUACUCCUGCACCGUCAGUACCUUCGAGGACGAGGACACAAGCUCGGCCCCCAUGCUUGUUUGGACCCCAGCCAAACACGUCGACCUCAAGUACUGGCGCCCAUCGGAGCACUUGGUAAACAUCACCUGCUUCGCAUCAGCCGUGGCGCCCAAACCUGCCUUCACUCUCUACACCCAAGCGCCUGAUGGGAAUAGAACGGAAGUGACCGUUAGAGGAGGUAGCGAAAGCCAAAAAGAUGGGCUCUACUGGGCAGGGGCAUGGGGCCUCAUCGUGUGGGCAGACACUCCGCCAGAGAGCGUUAUCGGGUGCACCAUGAGACUCCCAGGAACACCACAUGUCCAUACCAGAAAUAAAGUCUAUCAUCCAGACCUACCUAUCAUUACAACUACAACCACCACAACCACAACCACGCAGCCUACAACCACAGAAGCCAACAGGCAUCCCAGACCGGCGUCAGAUAUGUCUCAAAGUGUGCCUAAUGCAACCAAUAAGUUCUUCGAUUUUUCGGGAUUGUUUGGCUCAGCCAGCGAAGGCAACGCAGUUAGGGCGUCGGCCAUCUUUCAUUUCAGCCUUAUGUGGUUUGCGUGUGCGUUGAGUAUGCUUUCGGCCUACCUGUGAACAGACUCCGAAAGCAUGAGGGCAAAAGAAAGUGUGAUCUGAAGAUGCAAUAAAUAAGCAAAUCCUUUUUACGCAUGACUCUCCCCAUCAUGAGGCGCGGGGCAUGCACUGACAUGCCCCUCUGUUACGUCAUGACAUUGAUUGUUUAUGUCAUUUCUUUUUUCUGAAAUUGACCCAACUGUCUUUGUUAUUUCGCAGUGCAAUUAUUGAUAAUGACAUAUUUCCAAGCUAUUUUUCUUCCGUUUACCAACUCAUCUUCCUUGUUUUCCAGCCAAUUAUUCCUUCAGAGUAUGCUCAUCAACAAUUUAAUUUUUAAUUUUUCUUUGAAUUGCGUAUUUAUUCCUUCGACCGAUCUAUCAAUUUUUUAUUUGCUUUUUGGUCUGACUAUAAAAUUUAAUUUUCAUAUUCUAUGCUUUUUUACUUACAUAUCUAUGUAAAUCCAUGUUAUUCAUAUUCGCUCAUUCAUUUACUACAGUGUUUCCUAAGUUAAUCGGUUUUGCCUGUCUCGCUUGUAUGUGAAUGAGUUAUGCCUGAUUUUUGUAUGCAGAACCAAUUUCAUCACCUGAUGUCUGUAAACAUGUGUAUCAUACAAUGCAACAAACAUUUUGGACUACGAGCUUAUAUUACCUUCUAUGUACGAUGACUUGACAGUUUUUCGGUGUAUCUGACCUAAGUGGAUGCAUUCUGUUGUCUUAGGGAUUCAUGCAAAACAUAAUGGAGCCAACGCUUUCGUUGGCGUAUUUGGUUUCGGCCCCAUGUAACAUUUUUUGGUGUUGACUCAUGUAAUGAAUUCGUGACAAACGGCGUUUAGAGUGCGUGGACAUCUUUUCGAGAUUUUAUUUUAUAACGAUUUUGUUAAGCUAUAUAUAUAUAUAUAUAUAUAUAUAUAUAUAUAUAUAUAUAUAUAUAUAUAUAUAUAUAUAUACAUAUAUAAUCAAUGUA